AUGAGUAGUACGGCGAAUGGUCGGCUGCUGGUAUCGGUCUUCUGCGUGAUCCUGUCGCUCGGAGGAUCGACCGCCGAAACCCGUAGGGAGAUGACCGAUCGUUCGAAUCAAGUGUAUCUCGGUUGCCACAAGCGCCUGUUCACGUACCGCGUAUCGCAAACGGAUAGUAAGGGCCGCGAGUGUUGGGAUCAUGUUUCGGUAUUGUCCUGCUGGGGUCGGUGUGAUUCGAACGAAAUCUCCGACUGGCGCUUCCCGUACAAACGGUCACACCAUCCCGUUUGCGUGCACGGGGGACGCACGAAAGCGGUGGCCAUGCUGAGGCACUGUCACCCGGACGCGGACCCUGAGGCGCGGCAGUACGAAUACAUGGAACCGAAGUCGUGCAACUGUCAGACCUGCUCGAGCACGGAUACCAGCUGCGAGGGACCGAAGCAGCUGAACACGGAAGCGGUGACUAAAAUCUUUCAAAUCGAAGACGAGGACACGGAGCCGGAGUACACAUAAUGGGGAGGAUCAACCC